AUGCAGACUGCUUCUACAAACAUUUGUGAAAGAAUGGGUCGCUCUCAGGAGCUCAGUGAAUUCAAGUGUGGUACCAUGAUAGGUUGCCACCUCUGUAAUAAGUCCAUCCGUGAAAUUUCCUUGCUACUAAAUAUUCCACGGUCAACUGUUAGUGGUAUUAUAACAAAGUGGAAGCAACUGGGAACAACAGCAACUCAGCCAUGAAGUGGUAGGCCAUGUAAAAUGACAGAGCGGGGGUCAGCGUAUGCUGAAGCACACAGUGCACAGAAGUCACCAACUGUCUGCAGAGUCAAUAGCUAAAAACCUCCAAACUUCAUGUGGCCUUCAGAUUAGCACAACAACAGUGUGUAGAGAGCUUCAUGGAAUGGGUUUCCAUGGCUGAGCAGCUGCAUCCAAGCCUUACAUCACCAAGUGCAAUGCAAAGCAUCAGAUGCAGUGG